AUGGAGACAGAAUGUGUCCUCAACUGUCCCAUUGAAUUCCAAUAUCCAUUUCAGAUCUUCCACAUUAACUGUUUCAAAUGUAAAACCUGUGGUAAAACCCUGGCAGGAUCAUCAUUCUACAACAUUGAGAACAAUCCCACGUGCGGUGAAUGUUACAACAAAACACUCGAGAAUUGCCACAAAUGCCACCAAAAGAUUACCGAUCGCCUUCUACGAGCCCGUGGUGGUGUAUGGCACGUGAACUGUUUCACUUGCGAGAGUUGUAAGAAAUCACUGGAUGGCGUUCCGUUUACCUCCGAUCCAGAAAACAAUGUUUACUGUGUGGAUUGCUAUCAAAUAAGGUUCGCUCCACGUUGCGCUGUGUGCAACCAGGCGAUUGUACCUCGUCCAGGAGAAAAGGAAUCGGUACGAGUCAUUGCCAUGGACAAGUCUUUCCAUCCAGCCUGCUAUAAGUGCGAAGAUUGUGGAAUGCAGCUAUCCAGCAAGGUCGAUGGAGCCGGUUGCUAUCCACUGAACGAUCACCUCUACUGUAAGAACUG